AUGUCUGGACGCGGUAAGGGAGGAAAGGCCAAGUCGAAGGCGAAGACCAGGUCUUCUCGUGCGGGACUUCAGUUCCCCGUCGGUCGUAUCCACCGUCUCCUCCGGAAAGGGAACUACGCCGAGCGUGUCGGAGCUGGUGCCCCCGUGUACCUCGCUGCCGUUCUCGAGUACCUGGCUGCUGAAGUUCUUGAGCUGGCAGGAAACGCCGCUCGUGACAACAAGAAGACCAGAAUCAUCCCCCGUCAUCUUCAGUUGGCCAUCCGUAACGACGAAGAAUUGAACAAGCUUCUCUCUGGUGUUACCAUCGCCCAGGGAGGUGUCCUGCCCAACAUCCAGGCUGUCCUUCUCCCCAAGAAGACCGACAAGGCCGCCGCCUAAGUCUCACCAUCGGAAGCGGAAAAAAACGGCCCUUCUAAGGGCCACCAAAAUCUACGGGAUCAAUACUCAGCUUAUCUCUUUCAUC